AUGUUGAAAGAGUUAGAUGCAGUAACUGUUGCUGUGUUUGAAUCCUUGUUGUCCUUCAUAGCUGGUUCGAAAUCAAAGUCAAGCAGUUGGUCAUUAGUUUCCAAGCUAGUGCAGCCCAAAAGAGUAUCUUGUGAGGGUGAGGAAACUGCAAAUACGAAUGAACUUGAGAAGGUGUAUGGUGCAUUGAAUGCCCUUAUUAUUCACAAGUCUAAGAAAUCUGAUUAUGCAAUGCAAGUUGAGAAUGUGCAAAUUUGGCUCCAGGAUUUGGAGGCAAACAUUCAAGAUAUAGAAGAAGGACUUGAGUGCCUGUUCAGGCGCUUGAUCAAAGCCAGAUGCACACAUGAACUUCAAUCCAUUAUGCGCAGAAGACGAGGAGGUGACAUGAGCUUCAUGAGUGAGGUUAGAAAGUACCUUGCCUCUAGGAAGGAUGUCAACAAGGCAAUGAACAAGGCCUUCAAGGUCAAGGAAAGUUAUGGGACCGACAAAAACCAUGAAACUCCAGCUGUGAUCAACAUGUUGAAAGAGUUAGAUGCAGUAACUGUUGCUGUGUUUGAAUCCUUGUUGUCCUUCAUAGCUGGUUCGAAAUCAAAGUCAAGCAGUUGGUCAUUAGUUUCCAAGCUAGUGCAGCCCAAAAGAGUAUCUUGUGAGGGUGAGGAAACUGCAAAUACGAAUGAACUUGAGAAGGUGUAUGGUGCAUUGAAUGCCCUUAUUAUUCACAAGUCUAAGAAAUCUGAUUAUGCAAUGCAAGUUGAGAAUGUGCAAAUUUGGCUCCAGGAUUUGGAGGCAAACAUUCAAGAUAUAGAAGAAGGACUUGAGUGCCUGUUCAGGCGCUUGAUCAAAGCCAGAGUCUCUCUUCUCAAC